AUGCAACCAAACCGCAUCCAUGAACGACACCUGAUAUUCAAGCCCUACAGAAAACCGGGCUUUUUAAGACCCCGGCCUGGAGGUAGCCAAGAUGUCCAGGCGCCUGAAGUCCAGAGACUAAACAAACUGCUUAAUGGUGGCCUUUACUUUGUCAAAGCCGUGGGCACCGUGAAUGCUACUGAUUUUGCUGCGCCCGCUACCAGUAAUGAUGAUGUUGCGAUGGGUGGAACAGCUAGUGAGCGCCAGCGCCAAAACACAUAUGAUGCCUCGAAUCAAUCAUGGAGGAUAGAGUUUCGGGAUAUCCCAGAUGCCGGCACGGGCUCUGCGGUGACAUCGAGGUUGAUGAGUACUUCUAAGAUCCCUUAUGGCGAGCUCACCCCUGUGAUGGAUGCCUGGGGUUAUGACUAUGUGUCGGAAUACGUUUUAGAGGGUGACAUAUUCAUCCUCGACGGCACAGUAAUACAGCUUCACCGGGUCCUGAAUUUCCCGGCCCACGAGCAACCCAGCCGGACGCCCUUUUCCCACCUCCCGCCCCUUGAGGCAAUGGUUCCUCUAGACCCAAGCGGCGGAUACAUACUCCAAGCGUCGAUUACCGUCCAAGAUAGCGGCAAUCCUGACUUGAUGAAAGCGGCAUCGCAACGACUGUUGGGACUAAAAGAGCAUCUCAAAUCUGCUGUGAAACUCGAACCCGCAGACAGGCUUUCCCUAGAUACAAGGGUCAAAUGA